AUGCCUGACCCUGAGGGAGGUUCAGCCGCUGCAGAUUCAAGUGUUCCAUCAGGUGCUGCUGCCUCAGCUUCCUCAGCUGCUCUAGAUGUUUCAACCCUUGUUGAAAAGGCAAUAUCAGUGCUGCCAUCAGAUCUUGCUACCCAAGUUCAAGAUCCCAAGAGAAAGGCUCGAUCUCAAGACCUAGAAUGGAAGUAUGGGUUGUGGCCAGAUCCUAUGAAGAAGGAUUUUGUGCAGAAUAAGAAGGUUCUGCAGCACCUUGUUGGAGGUUAUGUGAAUGUAGAAAAGUGCCCAAAAGCACCUGAACUAGUUAGGGAAGAGAUGCAUGAUUACCUGAAGAAGAACACAAGGACUGUAUUGAAGAAGAACAUAAGGACUGUAUUGAAGAAGAACACAAGGACUGUAUUUGUGCAAGUGGCCAAAGAUGGUGAACAAGAACAAGAUGCAAAGAAGAGAGUGAAGCACUACACAGAAAAAGACCAGGAGGCCAAACAGGUUGUUGAUGACCAUGUUGCUGAUUUCUUCUAUGAAAAUGCCAUACCUCUCAACGUCAUUAACUCGAGAAGCUGGGAGAUUAUGCUUGAGUCCAUUGGGCAAUAUGGUUCUGGUUACCACUCACCAACAUACCGUGAGAUUAGGGAACCUUUGCUUGAAAGGGUUGUCAACAGGACUUUAGAACUGAGGAAGAAGCAUGAGGAAGCUUGGAAAGAAUAUGGUUGCACACUCAUGUCAGAUGGUUGGACUGAUACUAGUCAUCGCCACCUCAUCAGAUUUCUUGCCAAUAGUCCAGCAGGGACCUUUUUUGUGGGAUCAGUGGAUGCUACAUGUGAGAUGGCAGAUGCACAGAUGUUAGCAGAUUUGUUGGAAAAGCAAGUUGACAAGAUUGGGAAGGAAUAUGUGGUGCAGGUUGUCACUGACAAUGGGGUCAAUUUCAAGGCAGCAGGAAGGAUCCUAAUGGAGAGGAUCCCACAUUUGUUUUGGACACCUUGUGCUGCCCAUUGCUUGAAUUUGAUGUUGCAGGACAUUGGAGAAAUAAAGGAUUUCUAUACUGCCAUCAAUGAGGCAAAGAAAACAGAAAUUAGGUGCAGAUCUUGUAAGGCUAGCUGUGACCGCUUUGCUACUUCGUACCUCACAUUGGCAAGCAUGUAUAAGCACAAGAAUGGUCUGAGAAACUUAUUUGUUAGUGAUGAAUGGCAUGCUAACAACUUGUCUACUACUUUUGAAGGCAAACAAGCUGAAAAUAUUAUCCUUUCAAUGCCAUUUUGGACCAGAGUGGAAAAUUGCCUAAGAGCUUCUCAACCACUUCUCAUUGCUCUAAGGAUAGCAGGCAGAGAUGAGACACCCGUAGUUCCUGAGAUUAUGAUAGCCAUGGAUGUUGCAAAGAGCUCCAUCAAAGAUGCUUUAAAAGAGAAUCCAGAUUUACUUAAAGAGGUAAUGGUGUGCUAUGAGAAGAGGUGGGAAAACCAAAUGGAGCAACAGCUAUAUGGGGCAGCUCUGUUCUUGAACCCAUCCAAUUUUUUUACCAUAAGGGAAAAGGACAAGAGACAAGCUGCAAGGCUAAGGUCCAUGUUCAACGAUGUUUUAUGGAAGAUGGUCCACAACAGAAAGAGAAACAAAUUGGAGUAUAAGAGGUUAACUAAAUUAGUAUAUGUUAGCUACAACCGAAAGAUGUCAAAUAAGUUUAAAAAAACUAGAGAGCUUGGCUCCAAAGGAAAGAUAUGCAACCCCCUCUUGCUUGAAGAAUUUGAAUGGGAAAAUGAAUGGGUGGAUGAAAAUUGUGAGUCGGUUCAUGCAGCUCAUGGUAAUGAGUUGACUUGGGCUAAUGUGCAUGAAACUAUUGGGGCAACUGAGAGCCUACGAGGUCAUAACUUGCCUAGGGCUGCUGCUGCUCGUGCAGCAGCCUCUGUCAGCCAGACUUAUGCUAGGAGGCGGCUCCAGACAUCACUGAAGAAGAUGACAGUGACCAUGAUAGGAGAGAUGUAG